UUGGUAUUAUGUGAAAGUGUUUUGGUGUGUUUUAACUCACGCUGGCAAAUAAAGCCACUUUUCUACCAGGAUUAUUCAUUUACCUGCACUAGAAACCUGAGACAAACCCAGCCACAGUUCCAUACAAAAGAAGGUGGAAAACCGUAAACUUUUCACAUUAGAUGAUGUCACUUGAGAUUUAUGAAUUCCCUUUUAUGACACUGUAAAUCAGAUUGUGUUUAUUCAUUAACUGCAGGGAACAAAACUUGUUUGUGAGUGGCUGGAACGUGGUGUGAUUAAAGGAAUGAAUCCUUUAUAAAGAGAAAGAGAAGCAGAGGCAGGACGUAACACUGAGGUGAGAACACCUGGAGAACAACUGGGAAAGACCAACAGCUUUUUUCAAAACAUCAACAUGAAGACCAUCCUUUCACUCGCUCUUCUCUUGACCGCUCUCUGCCUGGUCUCUGAGGCUGUCCAAGUCCAGGAUGGAGAAUAUUCCUUCUCAUUUGAAUCGGUGAAGGUUCUUCAGCACCUGAUGGACAGCGGCGCUGUCCCCAAGCAGCAGAAUCCUCGCCUAGUCAAGACCAGCUACAGUGCAGUUUGUGGAAACCCAACGCUGCCUCAGGAGUUUACAGGGCUCUGUCAUAAAAGUGGCUCUGCCCUGGUCUUCUCCAGGCUAGCUGCAGUGCCAAUGGAUGUGUGUGAAAUCUGUGCUUUCGCUGCCUGUACUGGUUGCUAGACAUCAUUACUACUUGUGAAGGAAUGUCUUUUUCCAUGCACACGAGUGGUAACAGACUAUUUUGGAACUGUUACAUGUUUAAAAGCACAUGUGUAAUGCCUCUUAGUCUGAAAAUUUGAUAAACUGUUUUGUUGUUGUUGUUGUUGUUGUUUGUUAUUUGUUACAGCAUGUUUAUAUGUUUAUUUAUCGAUUUGAUGUAGUCUUAUUGUUCAAUUUCUGUUUCUCUGUGUCUUGUGGUUGCAUAGUCUUAUGUUCAUCAGUGCCGUAUAUGUGCACUAAAACACUUUCUGAAGUAUCAUGUCUUGAAGCUGUUCUUGUAAGGGUGACGAAUAUAGUUAAUAUCAAUUAAUAUAAAAUAAACGCUUCCAUUGAUCUGAAUUGAUUUCUUCACCAUCCAUGUUGCCUUUGUAAUGAUACUUUAAAUUAGAAAACACAAUCCCAGCUUUCAUAGGGGAAAAUAUUUAAUAAUAAUAAAUGAUGCAUAAAUGAUUAACCAGUGGGUCUGGUAGGAUUUGACAUCAACGGCGUACAUUUUCUGGUCACUUUAAUAGGAAAACCUGCACACCUGCACUUUUAAGCAGUUAACUAAUCAUUCAGUCAUGUGCAGCAGUGCAGUGCAUAAAAUUAUUCUUCAGUUAAUGUUCACAUGAAACCUCAGAAUGGGGGAAAAUGUGAUCUUUGACCGUGGCAUGGUUGUUGGUGCCAGAAGGACUGGUUUAAAUAUUUCAGAAAAUGCUGGCAAUAGUAGCUGGGUGGUUAAAGAUUUAGGCUGGUAAUCCAAGGGCUUUAAGUUCAUAUCCCAAUACUGCAAUACACCAGAGCUGAGGCAAGGUGUGAGAUUUUCAUUUAGAAGUACAAUAUAUGUUAUGGGAAAAAUACCAAAUAAUUUUUGUAAAGCACGACCAAGUGUGGCAAAAUCAGGUUAAACAAAAUUUUGCGAGGAAAGACCAUGAAAGAAAUACAUCUCCGUAGAUGAACUCGGAAAUACGACGUACACAAUUUGCCGCAUGUUUGUUUGUGUUUUAUUAUACAGUUACAAGUCUGGUUGCUUCUGGUUGAAGGAUCAAAGGGAGAAAAUGAAGAUCUGGCCUUGUGAUAAGCAUGGUGUUAAACCAGACAUCUAUUUUAUAUCUUACAUUUUAUCUUAUGUUGUGGUGUCAGUUAUCUUUUUAUUUGAUUGUAUGUGGUUUACUUGUGUUAUGGUAACACAUUAAAGUUUUCUUAAACAAAAUCAUUUGAAUAAUUCCUUAAUAUUUAGAAACUAUUAACCUCAGCAUUCAAAC